AGCUCCGUCGAUCGUCCACCGUCGUACGAUCGACUCUGAUCGUCCGAUCGUAGCCGGGUAGUGCUUUAAAUCUGGGGCAACACAGGCGGUUCCCAUGCUAAAUUACCGCCUCGUGUCGACGCACUUCCUCAAACAACCAUAGAUUCUCGCACCGGCACAACGGUCCCCGGGCAAGGUCGUAAAAAUGUGCAGAGAUCGGGAUAUGCUACUUCGAUGAAUUGCUCGACGAUUGAACUGUUGUCCGUACUGUGUCGCCGUUGACAAGCUAGAGAGCGAGAGAGAGACCACAAGAGAGUGAGAGAGCGAGGGAGAACGAAUAACAUCAGCCAGCGGUUUUUCAAUUUUUCUUUUCGGGAGCAAACGAACGAACGAUAGAGAGAGAGAGAGAGAGCCCAAACGAGGGAAGAGUGCUACCACCACUGCACGACCAUCUAAUACAUCUACUACUACUACUACUACUACUACUGCUACCACCACCAGCGUUACUACUACUUUUUGGGGGAGCGCCAGAGGAGGCGCCUGGUUGCUGUUACACACAGUCCUUGGCCCGGCAGGCGGAAAUCCGGUCACCAGCGUUAUCCUGUGAACCGGCGAUUCGCCUGAGCGAUCGCCACCCGUCUUGCGGUCGCGAGCGGCGAGAGAAAAGCCGGCAGGACGGACAGCGCAUGUCCCAACCAACACGCCGAAAGCACACGCGCCUCUCACAACAGUUGUUGACCACCGUUGUUGGCACAUUCAUCUGGCUGCCACCACUUAGGUCACUGCGCUAGGCGGGAACGUAACCCUCUGUCCACCGAUCAGCAUCGAUCAGGAGCGCGAGGAUCCGGAAAGCGCCAGCCGGAGUUGCAAGUUGUGUUUAUCCGUUAUUACGCCGGGCAAACGGAGGGCCCUAGUGUUCGGUGAUCGUGUUCUGUGGUCUCUCCACCACAGAGGCGUCAGUGUUUGCGGCACGAAAGUUGUAGCAAGGCAGUAGCAGCAGCAGCAGCAGCAGUAGCAGAGUACCAUUACGCGCGCCGAGACGAGGGUAGUAGUAGUAGCGAACCGGGUUCACAGCGGGCGCCAACACACUGUGCUCUGUUGUGCGCCGCUCGGUGUCGUUCGGCCGCGAAGAUUCCACCCAAAAUUGAAGCAUUUGCCAAAAACUGCUGGGAAACUGUAACCGCUUGUGUGUGCGGCAUGCGUCGCCCGUCACUGGGACAGAAUGAAGACGACCUCAGUCGUCUGACAACGAUCAUCUCCCCGACCAGCAUCAGCCUCUCGUCGAACGGUCAAUCCGACCCGGUGUUGGCAGGUACGGCGAACCAUGAUCAUGAUGUCAGCUGCAGCCGGAAGACAAAUAGCAUCAACCACAGCAGCAACAACAACAACAACAACAACGGUAUCUGCAACAGCACCAGUAGUAGCAGCAGCAGUAGCAGCAGCAGCACCACUAGCAGCUCCAGUAGCAGCCACGGUAGCAGCAGCAGCAGCACCAGUAGCAAACACAGCAACGGCAGCAGCAGUAGUAACGGCGGUGUUGGCGGUGGUGGUGGUGGCGGAAGCAUCAACCGUAGCAACAUUAGUAGCAGCAGCAGCAACAGCAGCAUCAACAGUAGCGAAAGUCGCAAUGAAGUAGCGAGGAAGACGGUUGGCGGCGGCAGCGGCGGUAACAUCGUCGCGGCGGGUGAAGGAGGCGCUGGAGGGGCGGGUGGUGGAGAUGGGUUUACUAGCCCCGAACCGUCUCCACCGCCACCUCCGCCGCCGACGGUGCUGGUGAACCAGUACCUGCCGAAUCUGAUCAACUCGUCCGAGUGGCAGAACUGCCGGAAGCGCAAGGAGCGCCAGGACAGUACGUCCUCGAUCAGCCAGGACCGGAAGCUGAUCCGAUCGAACAGCGAGGAGCACCUGCCGAACUGUGCGGAGGUAAUACGGCGCGUGUCGUCGCACGAGGACUUCAAAAAGCGCCCGCCGGCCGUAGAGAUUUCCAUCGGCAAGGAGAACAUCAUCGCCGAGGAGGAACCGGCCGACGGUGAGGAACGGGCCGACGAGCAGCACCACCGGCAGCAGGUGUUCGAGAAGAACCUCAAGAACAGUGCGGACGAUUUGAAGAAAUUUUUCAUCGGCAGCGUCGAGAGUGUCGGCAACGGUUCUGAUGGUCCCUUCGGCGGUGCCAGAGAGCACCAACGCCAGCCCCACCACCACCAUCAUCAUCAUCAGCAGCAGCAUCUGCACCAUUCCGGGAGUAAGUCACAGUUGCAGCAGCAGCAGCACCGUCUAUCGCCGUGCCGCGAUAUCCUGAAGUCGCGCCGUGACUCGGACAGCGAACAGGACUGCGAGCACGAACGUCGGCGGCACUGCGAGCGGUUCUCAAAGACUCGCCCUCCGCCCGGUCGCAAGUCCGUGUCGCCGCGGGCUCGCAAGCAAUCGUCCAAGUUUCACCACGGACCCACAACGGCGGCCAUGGUGAAGGACCGUGCCGGACACGUGGCCGUGCUGACGGCCGGAAGUGAGCAUUUCUACUCGAAACAUGACACACACUCGAGCGUGUCGAAAGCGACGGACCGACGAAGCGGAGGUCUGGGACGCGUUGCCAAGUCGGAUCCGCGAUCGGUCGCGGCCUUCCUACAGCAAACCAUCGGCAGCGGCCAUCAGGAUUCGCCGAUGGGCGAUACAACGCCACUGGCCGACUACAACGACAACACCGUGUUGGAGAAGAACCAGGCCGCCGUGCUGGAGAUGGAAUCGACGUCGGAACCGGGUCAGGACACCAGCGAAGAGCCACUGUCGCCGCGCGAAAAGCUUCCCUGGGGCCAAUCGUACCCCGACGAUACGCCGGCGCUCGUGUGCCAGCGGUUCGCCGACGACAAGUUCGAUCACGCCAAGCGCAUGGACUCGGUGUCGCACGCCAAACUGCGGCCCGUGUCGUCCGGCGGUUCGCUGAAACUGUACGGUGCGUACCACCGGAGCGAGGACAGUGCGGGCGUCACGGGCGGACCCAAGUCAGCCGUGGCACCGGUGGCCAACAAUAUGUUCGAUGAGCGCGUGAAGACGAUCAGCCGGAAGCUGAGCGGGCUGAAGAAGAAGGUGACCCAGUUCGAAGACCGGUUCGAGCGCGAUCACGGGUGCCGCCCGACGCACGGUGACCGAUCGGCCGACCCGGCCAUCAAGAGCAUCGUGGUCGAGAUGCACAAGCUGCGCCGGGAGAAGAACCAGAUCAGGGCCGAUCUGGUGGUGUUCUCGUCGAAGGGUGGCCCACAGGCGGCAGGCGGUGGAACGGAGGCGCACGACGACGAGAAACGUCUCGGCAAGAUGAAGGAUACCAUCUCCGAUAUCGAGAAGCGUUUGACGGAGAAACGUGAAACGGAUCAGCGGAGUGAAAACCUGGACCUCCUGUCGAACGACCAGCUGACGGAGGAAAAGGCGUCCGUGCAGCGUGCCCUGCUGUACCUGGAGUCGAUGUAUGGUCGACCUGCGAGCCGUGAUGAACGGGACGCGGCCCGGCCACUGUACGAUCGGUAUCGGCUCAUCAAGCGCCUAGUGAACCGCGCCAACUCGAUCAGUGGCCCGUGCGGCGUGGCCAACUCUCAGAUGCCAACCAUCCUCGAACACGAGGCACUCGCCAUCAUCGGCACCUCGACCCCGUCCACCGAUAUUUCUCCUCCGUCGGCCACUUCGACGCUACAGUCACCGACGGACACGGGUGGCAGUAGCGCACCCACCUCCGGUGCUGCCGGAACCCAAUCAGCGGACGACUCGGAAGCAUCGACCACCACCACGACGACCAGCUCCGCUACCGAGAACAUCCACUCGAUGACGGCGGACGAGCUGUGGCAGCACUACGAUACGACGCGCGACGAAAAGAAGGAGCUGCGCCGCACGAUCAAGGAAUUCGAGCAGCAGUUCGAGGAAACGACCGGACGCAAGAUGCUAAAGUCCGAUCGUAAAUCCAUCGAGGACACGUACGCUCUCUACAAGCAAAAGAAGGCGAAGCUCCGGCUAAUCGAUGCGCUGUUCAAGAAACAAAUGCAAAUCUAGAGGAGAUUCCGUGUUUUUCCAUGUUUGUAAUGGAUAAUGGAAAUUUUCCGUGCGUGUGGCGCUGUCUUAUGUCGUGAAUGUGCUCCCAGUUCGGUUCCAAACAUAUGCGAAAACCUAAGGCAAAAACACUAAAUCCCCUUUGUUUACUUACCCAACAACCGCUCUCGGUGUAUGUCUAUGCUUUUAAAUGGUUUCUAAUUUACAACACGAGUGGAAAAGUUUACUUUAUUGAUGGUCGUUGAGCAUCAGAUGCGACAGCAAGGGCAGCAGAAAGGCAGUGGUGAAAAACUGACGAUAAGUGCAUGUAACGUGCUUUUGUUUUUUUUUUCACCACUAGACUUUAUCACUUGAUCAUGUUUGGAAUGGUUGAGUUUGAAAAUAAUUUUUCUUAUUUUAUGCGAACUCCAGUUCGGCGCGCGCUUAACUUCUCUGUUCCACGUGGCGUAUGGUAACCUGUUACUAAUAUAUGAGAAGACUAUUACUUUGUUUUAAGUAUUUUUAACCUAAGAUAAAUGCACGAACGGAAGUAGCGCGAAUGGGGAUAAGAAAGACAACGCAAAAGCAAGGCAAGCGGCCGAGGCAAACAAGAAGAGAAGAUUAAUGGACCCGGAGGAGAAAAUGUGUGAUUAUAUGAAUGUGAGAUACAUACGCGUGAUGAAGCGAUAAGAGAGAACGCAGAGCGAGAAAAAAAAGAAACAAAAAAAUCAGGCUCUUAACAGACUGAUACCGUGGUUUUGAGAGGCCAAAGUGGUCGGAGCAAAGCGUGUAGAGUAUGUUGCGUGGCGGGACGAUAAGCAAACACUGAAGCAGUACAAAACGCUGCAGAACCCUCACACAGGAAUGAGGUAAAACGAUACAAAUAAAUAAAAAGAGAAACAUACAAAUUCACAGAAACCACACUUACUUACACUUACUUAGCUUAGUGAGAAAUAUUUGAGAAAACAAAAAUACUUUCGUAAACGAAAAAAAAGGGUGAAUACAAAACGGACACAUUCAUACACACAGCUGCUCCCCACACAACAGAGCCCGCAGCCCCUUGGUGCAGGAAAGCAGAGGAAGUAAACCAAAACAAAACAAGAACCUAUAUACAAAUAUUUACAAAAUUAAGAACAAAAAACGGCGAAGACUUGUUUUCUUUCGGAAAUCUUUGAGAUUAGACAACAGAAAGUGAAGGAGAAACGAAAACAAAAAACAAACGACAGUUAGCUAGUGAGAAACAAAAGGAAACAAACCUAAAAAAAAGCACUACAAUAUGGAUCUUAGUAAAUACUACCCGACCGUAAGUUUCGGCCAGGAUCGGCCUGUUUUCGGAAAGCACGAAGUGAUUUUGAUUCUAAGAUUGUUGUCCGUAUUAUUUGUUGCGAUGUGGCGUUUUAGUUUUUCCACCUUUGUACCUUUUUCGGUUUUGUCCGCUGUGUGGCGCGUGAACCGGUAGCUUUUUAACCGUGCAAACAAAUAUCAUGGACUCCAUGCUAAACUGAAAAUGAACACAAUGCUCUAGAACGUUAUACCAUAGUCAAGAAACAAUAUACAUACAAUACACUGGCGCGAGCACCGUCUCGUGUCACUACAGUUAAGUUAUUGUAUGCUACUGAAAUAGAUCUUUUAUUCGCAUUCAACACACGAACAAGCGCCAGAGCGCGGAUGGGCGAACGAUGUUGACCGGAAUUUACGAGUAUUUAAAGUGCGAAAAAACAAAAUCAACAUCUAGCCACUUACCGAACCAAACUCUUCCCUUUAUAUCGAAUAGUCCUCCUCAACGCAUCUUAGAUACAGCAUCUUUUAGAGACGGCAGAGGUAUCCAAACAAGUACACGUUAGAAGACAUAUUAGCAGAGCAGAGUGGUUUAUCAACAAGUGCAACAGCGGUUUUGGUAGCUCUUUAACAGGUACUCUUCUGACGCAUUACUCUCUUACAGUUAUGAUUACGAUUAUGAUUAUUCCUCCCCCCUUUCCUGAUGAUGCGGACGGAUGAUAAUGUUUGCUCGGACACACCUAGCGAGAUAGGCGCUAUAAGUUCUCAAAGAACGAUUUAUUAACGUAAUUUGUAAUCGGUAUGAACGAUGAUGAACACGGAACAGUCUGCCGAACGCGAGGAGGAGAGAUCGAUGAUGAUCGGUGCGUUUUGUAGAAAUGUGCGCAGCGGAGUGAAUGCAAAACUCAACAAUAAUAUGUAAGCCAUUACGAUGUGAACAUGUAUGAACGUUAAACUGGUCAAAAUGGUUCUUAAAGAAUAAAGCUGGUCGUGUGAAGUAAUAUUGAAAGAUUAACUGA